UCGAUCCGUGUGCUGCACACGCUCCAGUCUUGGCAGUGCUCGACCUUUCCAGAACCUACCUCCGCGACCGACCCUCCAUCAUGCUGAGCAGUCCGAGGACUCCGUCGCAACAUGACGACGCAGUGGGGACUCCAGGAACGAAUGCCACCGACGCAAACGUUGGCCUCAUGCGGCGGUCAUUGAGCCGCACUAGCUGGACGUCGUCGAGUGCGAGCCUCCACCAGCCUCUUCUUCCGGCCAUCACGGUGGUCCAGCGUGACGCGGUGGCUGGAGGGGACGUGUGCGUCGAUGCCACGCCGCGAGACAGCCAUUCCAGUGCCAAGGGAGCGGCGGCCGAACUAUUACUCGGACAACGCCAGAGCUCCAUGGUGAGCAACAAGAGCGGCAACAACGAUCCCAACACGACGGGCAAAAUGAAGUUUAACAUGGGCAAGGAGCGCAUCCUCGGGACGGACAUCAAGUUUCGCCGUACGCACAACUCCACGAGGUCCUCCCUUGACAUGACGUGUCGCUGUCGUAGCCGACUUCAAAUUCAACAUGGAGCUCGCGCUGCGCACGGCCGUGGGCGUCCUCCUCGCGUCCAUGGUCCAGACCAAGCACCGCCGAGACAAUGCCGAAGUCACGUCCAACUCGCACGAGAAGCAGUGGAAGUUCUUUCCCGAAUGGUACAUCCUCGGCGGGAUUUCGUACGUGGCGGUCGCGACAGUCUUUUGCUGCGGGCGCAACAUCGGGUCAACCGUGCGCGAAGUGUUUCAGCAACUGUGCGGUGUCGGUGUCGCUUUGCUCUACAACCUGCUCCUGUUUUCCGUAUUUCAACCCCAGGUGUUUGACACCAAGGCCGCGUACGAGGCGGCGACGAACGAUGGUACGCUGACGCUCAUCUCGCACGCGUUCAGCGGAAGCCCAUACUACGUCCACCAGCGCGAUUUUUACACCAUCUUGCCGUUCAUCAUGCUCUUCACGAUGCUCGUGUUGGUGCUGCCCAUCGAAAACAACACGAAAAAAUACGCGAUCGGGAACAACCUGUACUUUGCGCUGACGCUGGUGAGCCCGAACGACUUUACCAACCCGUCGUUGCCGAAAGCGUUUGGUGACGACGUGUACAAGACCCCGAAUAUCCUGGCCAACCUCCUCGUGUACUCGACGCUCGGGAUCCUCGGCGCGAUCAUCGCGCAAUUCAUGAUGUGGUUUCCGUACCCGAUAUUUGCGAUUCGGUCGCUCCAGGACGAGACCCUCACGUGCGCCGACACGAUCCAGGACCUGCUCAACUUGAUUGUGGACUCGUACUGCUUCAAGAAUAAGGACGUCGACCACAUGAACUUUCUUCGCCUCAAACUCAAGCGAAAAUUCGACCUGGCGGCGGCCAAACACACCAAGAUGACGGCGCUACUCAAUGACGUGUGGUGGGAGCAGCUCGUGGGCCUCCACAUGCCCCUCACGUUUCGCAUGUCCGUGACAAAGCCAUACAUCGAGCUGUUUGGUCAGCUCAUUGACGGCUUGCGCGCCAUGACGCAAGCGAUUCAACUCGAGCGGUACGAGCGCCUCCACCAUCUCUUCAUGAAGGCGCUGCAAAAGCAAGUGUACAUGAUCCAAGUCAAAGCGACGGCGUUGCUGGGCGAGAUAUCCACCCACAUCCACCACGGCGACACCGAAUUGCAACUGGAAUCUCUCCAAGAGCUCGAGAAGCAGGUUGAAGCGCUCCUCCAGCAUUUUCAAGAAACCCAAACGCGCAUCUACAAGCGCGAGUCGCCGUCGCCCAAGGACGUCGAAGGCAAUAUUCCGCUCAACCUGUUUUUGUUUUCGCUCCAGUCGUACUGCUCGACCCUCCUCGAGUUUCAAACGUCGUUUAACGCCCGCACACACAAGACGAACUUGCGCAUUUUCAAGUUUGUCAAGGCGCAAUUGGCGAGUUACGUCGACCCGUCGCGGUAUUCCCGCAGCAAGCUCGAGACUGCGACCAAAGUGUGGUUUGCCAUUCUCUGUGCGUGCUUCUUUUCCGUGUACACGUUUGGGUAUUCGUCGACGACGGCUGGGACCGUCGCGUACGUGAUGGGAAAUCACAUUGGGGGGUCGUUCAGCGUGACGGCGAACCGAGUCGGCGGCGUCGUCGCGGGCAGCAUCAUUCCGUCCGUCGCGCUCUUUUACAUUUGCUCGUACUCGUGUUUCAGCAACAUCGCAGUCGUGUUUUUCUCGAACGCGAUUCUGUUUGUGUGGGUGACCAUGUCGAUGUAUAUCAAGUGGAAGGGCGGGUUCGAAUCGUAUGCUGGCCUCGUGAGUGCGUACACCGCGACCAACGUGAUGCUCAAGGGGUGCGACGGGUGUGCGACUGGCAACGUGACCCCCACGUCGUCGUACGCGAACCUGGCGCAAAUGACGCUCGGGAUCGUUCUGUUUAUCGUGGUCGAGCUCGUGUUUUGUCCGCAGUCGGCCAUCGGGCUCCUCCGCGCCAACGUCCAAAAGCACAUGAAGCUCGCGCAGGAAGCGUUUUUGAUCUUGUUUGAACAAAACGUGCACAACAGCGGCGUGAUCGACCAAGACAAACUCGACCAAGUCCAGAACAUUGUCCAAAAGCAAAUGCCGGCGCUGUUGACCGACCAAGAUGGCCUCCUCCACGAAGCUGCAUUCGAGCCGCUGCUGUGGAAGCCUCCGUUCUCCCAGUCCAAGUACCAGUCUGUCCUCGACUGCUGCCAACGGCUGCUCAACAACACGCUCGUCUUGUUCAAACUGGUCACGUGGUUCAAGUUUCGCGUCGAGCAGCGCAACCUGACGCUGCACAAGAAGCUCGACGUCGAGAAGAUUACGCGCAAGUCGCACGAUUCCGCGACCCACCACAGCGUGACAACCAAGGAAGCAUGGGCGUUUUCGACCGUCGAACUCGGACACGCCAUCCAUGACACGUUCGACACACUGCACGACCUCUUUGGCGACAACUUUAUGUAUGCCGACGGCGACCAGACGGCGCUCUUCAUGCAGAUGAAGGAAGCGUUCCGGGUCGCAGACACGGACUGCAGCGGCGAGAUUGACGCCAACGAAGUGCGCCACAUGCUCGAAAUCGUGUUUGCCCAGAGCGGCGCGGUCAAAGUCGACGCCAUUGAUAGUUACGUGCACGACUUUAUGGAGAUUGUCGACAAAGACCGAAGCGGGAAAGUCAGCUUUGAAGAGUUUAUGGAUGCUCUCGAGCACGGACUCAAGCUGGAAGUCGAGGUGUUUCAGCACCGGUUCAAGAAGGUUGCGCUGCCGCCUAUCGCGGAAGAAGGCGCGGCGGCCGGCGUUGAGGCCGAACAUGUGGUUGUCCAACUCGGCGGCGACCGAUCGGUGGUUCCGAGCCCGCGGACCAAGCGGCUAUCGUCCGGUGGCAGUGGAGCGUCGCCAUUGACCCGUUCUCACGACAUGCUCAACGUGGAUUCGUUUUCGCUCCUCGAAAUCGCGCAAACGAUGCGAACAACGUAUGCGCAGUGGCUCAUGGAGAAGAAUCGCUUCGAGCGCGUCACGAUGGAAGAACUGCUGUUGCUGAACUGUCUCAUCAGUGGCGUCAGCGGCAUCUCGCGCAACCUCGCCCUGUUGGAGGAAAUGACUGUUCAGCAAUAGCGUCGGGAUGCCUAUUGCUUGCGUGGUGUGUGUGGUUAAGGUGAAAUAGAUGCGAUUCGCGCGCUUCGUGGUUGCUGC